AUGGACACAGCAACACAAACGGCGCAGAACGUGGUCGCUCCUAGUGAGCAGCCCAAGAUUUCGCUCGUGGUCGAGUUCUCAGGUGGUUUGGAAAUGCUGUUUUCGGACAAGCGUCGCCACUCGCUGUGCAUUCCGGCCGUUAGCAAGGAUGACAAGCCUGCCGACGUUGCUUUUCUCAUCGACUACCUAUGCCAGAAUACGAUGAAGGACAGCCGCAAGGAACUCUUCGUCCUAGACGAGCACCUCCGCCCAGGUAUCCUUGUCUUGAUCAACGAUGCAGACUGGGAGCUCGAGGGCGAGGAGUCUUAUGAGAUCCAGAACGGUGACAACAUUCUCUUCGUAUCCACGCUGCAUGGGGGUUAG